CGAAGAAUUCAUAUAAGUUUAUAGUCUCAAUUUAUUAAAAAUAAUCGACUAAUGAAAUUCCAGUUGAAGUAGAGGGAGAAAAAAAGAAAGUGAAUUUGAUGAAAAUAGAUUAGUUUCUUUCUGAAGUUAGCUUUUGGCAAGGAAAGAGAGGGGUCAUUGGGAAAGAAUGUGAAGAGUGAGCUGUUGCUUUGCCAAAAACAAGCCCUAGAUGUUGUUGUUUUAACUGAAAAUGAACAUCUUUUCCAGGUGUAAAUUCACACCAUAUACUGCAAUGCUGGUUAGGGUUCUUCAUGAAUCCAAAAUUAAAUUUCUUUGCUCGUCUAAUUAAAACCCACCAAUUGAUUGACAAAAUGAGAAAAUUAGAAGUGGGAUCGACAGGAAUAUAGCUGGGGCUCAUUAUCUUGGGAGUUAGUGAAAUCUCUACGUGUUUAAUUCAAUCGUUAAAUUUUGGACAUAAUUAGCUUUCGAAUACAUUUAGUUUCAUUCCAAUCAUUUGAGUUAUAGUUAGGAACAGCGAGAAAUAAAUUUCAUAUACAUCGUCAAACUUCAUCAUAGCUGUCAAACAAAAGUUGGAUGGUAUUUACUGGGCUCAACACUUGAAAAGAUCAUUGUAUAUCGUUACAUGACCACCGAACCAUCCUAUAUGUGUUCAGCUAUUGAUCUUGUUGAACUUCAUAUGGGCAUUAUUAACAUACGGUAAUGACGGAUUUGUGCAACAGUUCGCCAAUGAUUGAAUUUUGUUCGGAGGAACGUUAUAACAAUGUAAUUUAAUGCAUAUUUUCUACUUUUUUCUGGCCAUUUGAGCUAUUGAGAUAAAUCGAUGAUACAACGAAUAGCUUAUGAGAUAGUUUUAUUGUCCGUCAAGUAAUUAGUUAGUCUGAUAGCACCUGCAGGAAUAUCUACCUUUGGUGUUUGUCAACUGUUUAUACUUAUUCAACGCUCAAUUACGUAGACGCAAAACACUUAGAACGUGAAGUUUCAACUUGCUGCAAAAAGAAAGAAGACAGUAAUGGCUUCUUGGUUGUAGGGUUUGUGGAGCAUUGAAGUUAAGAAAAUGACAAAGGCAGGCUGGCACAAACACAGACAAAGGUGCUAGGGUUUGAGGGGCAUCAAAUGACAAAAAAAAAUUUGGUGUUGGGCUGAGAUGGGCUUUGUGUCCAAAGAAUUGGCCUCAAGUUGGGAGGAAAGAACAUGGAUUGUUACUACAGCCCAACAUCAUCUUCAAAACAAAAGUAUAAAAAAAUAAACUAUUUUAAGGUUAUUUUAUUAUGAUCGCUUAACCGUUCAUCACUUUGUGUGACCAUUUAUAACGAACAAUCAAUCAUUGAUAUUGGUGUAAAUGUUCUGUUAGCAAAUCUAAACUAUUCGCGAGAUUAAGAUUCUCAAACACAAGUACUGAGAAAAUUUUUCAUCAGAUACAUAGUUAAGCCAAAUUUUUUUUUUUUUCUAAUCGACCAACACGAGACCAUAAAUUCUUGACACACGAGAUUACGAUUCCCAAUAUAUUAGAGGAUUCUCGACAAUGCACAUACUAAUUAACAUGAUAUUUUUUGUAACUAUAAAAUAAACUAGAAAGAUCUAAAUUGACUUCAAUCAGGUAAGUCAAACAAGUCGAUCACACUCAUAUUCAUCUAAAGAAAAGUCUAUAUUUACAAGAAUCAUAGAGCUAUUAUACAUAUUUUUGUAAGUAUAAAAGAAACUAGAAAAAUCUUAAGAAUUAAGCUAGGCGUUGAAUGAGUAUGACGAUAUUUUGAAUCGACUUCACGACAUAAGCCAAACAAGGAUCCUACUCACAUUCAUCGAAAGGAAAAUCAACACAUGCAAGAAGAAUCGACCUACUAUACAUUAUAUCAUUCCAAAUUUCCAAUCUCCUCCAAGGCUACAAGAUUUGUUCAACUACAACACAUGCAUACUUGAUACUUCUACCCACUAAUACAAUGCAAAUUGGACCAUUUAUUGUUACUAUUAAUGAACUAAUGCUUCUGUCAAAACAAAAAACAAAAAAAAAAGACACCAUUUGAUAGUUUAGUUGGUUGUGGUCUUGUGGAUGAAGACCAAAACGAAGAGACCCUAAGAGAGGAAAGUGAAAUAUGGAAUAUUAUGUGACGCAGCAAGGAAAACGACUGAAGUAAUGGAGCAUGGGUUCGUGAGGCAAUAUUUACUCCAUGGCUGGAGUUCAGGGAUCUGUAAGAUCUUCCAUUUACAUCAAACGUACCAUUCGUUCUGAGAUCUGUAAAAUCUUCCAUGUGGGACGUAAACAAACACAAAUUUAUGGCAAAGAAUAAUAUUCCCCAGUCUACCCUACAACUGAUUUUGGCCAUAGGUCAUCAUCACCUGCUUUAGCUCAACUUAAUUAGCGGUAGAAGCUAAGACACUCUGUGUUAGUCAAUGGUAUAAUCCACUACUGAAUGUCUUCCAACAAUUUAGAUUAGAUUAUUGAGAUCAAUUGAUUCUCGACAAGUGGUAUAUUUGAGCUCCUUGAAUUGGGAGAACCACGAUAUACAACGUGAGAUCCUACCUUAUAGUUAAACACGCGUUGAAAACAAACGCACCUGCGAUUUUGAAGCACAGGACGAACUCAUGAUUUUCAGACUACAAAAUUUACCACCACACUACGCAUCGGGUUUUGCUCAAAGAUUUCUCUGGCUUUAGUUAACACUAAAAAGUUUAUGAACAACGUUGAUCAUUACCAGUGCUUUCAUAUAAAAGUUGAAUUUGUUUCACAUCGUUAAAGGUGAAAUUUCAAUUGUGCAAUAAACAAAUUUGAGGAAUUUGUACAAAAAGGAAAAGGAGUACAAAUUGAAUUUGCUAUUCCAUAAGGUUAAUGUAAAUGUUUAAUUUGUACCAUAAAGAAACUUGACGGAAGUAAUUAUAAGUAAUAUUUUUUAAAAUUUAACUAUCAUUGACACAAGCUCGAAAAUUUUGACUAUACAGGUGUAUUUUGUCCCCGAUGUUUAUCGGCAUAGUAUACCAGAGUUCUUACUUCUUAUAUAUACACCUACACUACACAACUUCAUUCCGAGCAAAACCAAACAUUCCUUCGAGUUGAGAGCACGUACUGUACACUAUAUCAAAAUGGUACAAGCGAAGAAGAAGUUCAGAGGCGUGAGGCAACGCCGUUGGGGCUCAUGGGUCUCAGAGAUUCGCCACCCGUUGCUGAAGACGAGGGUAUGGCUGGGAACGUUCGAGACGGCGGACGAAGCGGCCAGAGCUUACGACGAAGCCGCCGUCCUCAUGAGCGGCCGCAACGCCAAGACCAACUUUCCCUCUUCAUCACCCGCCGCUAAAACGACGUCGGGUCUGAGCGCCAGGCUGCGGGAAAAGUACUGCGGCAAAGCGGUGUCGUCGUCUUCGCUGACUUGCUUGAGGCUGGAUACUGAGAGCUGCCACAUUGGUGUUUGGCAGAAGCGGGCCGGGGACUCGAAAUGGGUCGUGAGGGUUGAUGAUCAUCAGCUUGCUGCUGCUGGGAAGGCGGUGGAGGGAAGCGGUGGCGGUGGCGGCGGAGGAGGAGGAGAGUUUGGUGGUGGUUCUUCGUCGGACGACAAGGUAAUUAGUAGUGUGGAAGAAGGAGGAAUGUUAGAAGAAGAGGAAAGGGUUGCAUUGCAAAUGAUAGAGGAGCUUCUUCAUUAACUAAUAUAUAGGGAUUAUAACU